UCUUCAGGCGAGUCACAAGAGUCGGCUGCUAGCUUAUUGUAACCCCACACGGCUUUUAGUAUAUCUGGCACAUUGCGCAGACGUGUCUCUAAAGUGAACCUGAGUAUUUUAUAAGUGUCAUAAAGUAGCUGUCAACUUGUAAAAAUAGCCGCUUAGCUGGAUGGCUAGUGAUAACGAACUGUUAAGCAUUGUCGGACAAGCGGCUAGUGAUGCUACUCCGGCGGCUAACGCUGGCUGCUUCAUCCAUCCUGCUCUCACUGACAUCACUCCGUGUGCGCUGACGACAUGAGGUGUCUGCACAACUUUUUAUCUGCCGGACGUUCAGUGGCUACACAUUUUCCACAAUGGACAGUGAGCGCAGCAAUUGCAGGCCGCGGUUUGGAGACAAAAGCCAGCUAAUCCAACUAGCCUGCUAAAAGCUGUCCUGCCCUGGUGUGUGUGUGUGGAGCCGGACUGGAGACAAACGGCGAGGUUUCUGCACCAUGGAUCAGGAGGAUAUGUCAGAGCAAAUUCCAACAGCUUGUACCCAACCACUGCUCUUCAAUCAAGACUUGCUUGUGCUUCAUCAAUCACCAGUGCCACAACAGCUCAGCUCUGAUCUGGCGAUGACUGAGGAUCUGAUGAGUAAUGGCACCUGUGAAGUUAAAACUGUGAGAGCAUUAUACUGUCCUGGUGGCAGUGGAGGUGUUCCUGCUGAGGGCAACCACCUGGCUGUAAGGAAUGAUAACAUGUCAGAGUUUUCUAACAGUGACCUCUCUUUGCCUGAAGUCUGCAUUUCCACCAACAGCAAUAGCUGUGAUGAGGAUGAUAUGAACCAUGAGGUACAGCAAGCGUACAGGAUAUUCACUGGAUUUCUGUUAGAGAAGCAUAAAGGGAUCACCCAGCCAUUCCUCCAUCAGGAGGCCCAGCAUGGUAUUGGAGGUGCCUCUGGCUGGGGUCAGGCACAGCUCAGGCAGUCAAUGUGCUUGCAGCGGAUGGAGGAAAAGUUCAUUAACCAAGAGUAUGAGACAAUAACAGAGUUUGUAGCAGACUUUAGGUUGAUGUUGGAGAACUGUUAUCGCUACCAUGGGGUGGACCACUGGAUCUCCAAACAGGCUCAAAAGUUGGAAAUUAUGCUUGAGCAGAAGCUUACAUUGCUAUCCAGGACACUGCGAGCGAAAACAACCCUGGCAAUGACCUCUAAGGGGCGUUUCGGUGCAGAGGAGGAUCGGGGAUCUGGAGGCACCUCUACAAGAAGGAGACUGGCUAUUCGAAGCCUGGCUACUCUCACAGUUGGUGGGCAUGAGUCUAUUAUGGUUCAAACCUUACGACUAGAAGAGCAACAGAGAGCCAAAGAAGAGAGGAGACAGCGUGAGCUUGAGAAGAAAGAGGCAGAGGAAAUGUCAGCCAAAGAGGUAGAAGAGUGGGAGCAGACUUUACUGUCACAGGCUUCCCCUCACACUGUGGAUGCACUUUGGGAACUCCCUGCUAUAGGUCAUUUCCUCUGCCUGGCUCAGAAUGCACUUAACCUCCCAGAGAUUGUAUUUUUUGAACUGGAGCGUUGUUUGUUGAUGCCUCGCUGCAGCCUCCUGCUCUCCAAAAUAAUGUCUUCCCUACUGUCCCCACCUCAGAGGAGGGCCACUCUAAACCGCCGGCCUCCGCUGCCUUACCGCCGCUGGGAGUCGGAGCUCAGGCAGCGGGUCAUGGUCUGGUACCGGUGUGUAGGUUCCUCCUAUGAUCAGCCAGGUCGGGCUGAGCAGCUGGGACUCUGCCACCAAUUUUUCAGCACCAUUGGCGAUGUGAGUCCUUUGGAGGAGAAACCUUUUCACUUGUUACCCUUCUACCAGCGAGUAUGGCUCCUGAAGGGGCUGUGUGAUCAUGUGUACGAGACGCAAAAGUGUGUGCAGGAUGCUGUGCUGGCCCAGCCUAUCCAUGAAUGUAGGGAGUCUAUUUUGGGCUAUGACAGCAAGGAGAAUGCCUAUAUACAUUUCCCACACUUUUGUGGGGCAGAUUUGAGGAUCUACCGCCAGAGCCCUAGCACUCCCCCAGCUUUCCCUUUCCCUUCUGUAUUGGUCAAAAGGGUUGAAAUGGAGCCAGGGACAGAGGGUGAUGAGUCAGAUGGGAUGAAGCCUGACAGAAACAAAAGUGACAGUGAGUGUUAUGGAGGCUCCAUGGACAAGGGAGACUUUCAGGGUUUUGGAAAAGGUAGAGCAGAGACUUUAAGCAUUUUCAAAAGGGAAAAUGGGGAUGAAGAGGAAGAUAAAAUAUUUAAGUUGUGGUCACUGAAGAAAGAGAAGGGGUCCGAAUCUGGCUCUUCUGAUAGAGACUCCAGUGAAGAAUCUAAAAUUGAUUUAAAAAUAAACACUAACUCCAUAGCUUUCUCACACACUACUACUGGGAGAGGUGGUGGGAAAGUGACUUUUAAGGAAGAGACUGUAAAGUUGGAGCAUGAAUCAGAGAGAUUCAUGGUGAAGCAGGAGCAGGAGCUUUCUUUUCCCUUCAUUCAAACAGUUAUAUCAGAGACACAAGAUCCCUGUCUGAGUGUAGGGGAGCACAGUUACACUGGCAGGUCACCCGCUCGGUCAGUGAAUCUGGCCCCCCCAUCCAAACAACUGGAGCUCAAAAUGGAGGAAGAAAGUCCGAGUCAAAGAGCUUCCUGUUUGGAAUGUUGCAAAAGCAAAAUGAGUAAUGCUAAAUUUGAGGGGCACAACUGCUUCUGUGGCACAUCAGGGCUAGCAGCACAGAUGUCUUCUGAGAGCACUCAAAACUCAAGUGAAGAGAGGACAAGUGACAUAAUCUGGACUAAAAAAAAGAAGAGGAAGAAAAUGCGAGGGAGGGAACAGCUGCCAAGGGUUAAAGGAAAGCACAAGCCUCUGCAGCAUGUGGACAGAAUGAGGCUGUCCCCAGCUGAAGCUGCCAAGUCUGCAGAUAUGAGAGUUGCUACAAUGGUCAAGAGAAAAGAUAGGAAGAAAAGACAUAAAACAGAAAAAAAGCUUGACUCUUCAAUGAUUACAGACAAACCUGUAGAUGAACCAUCCUUUGAGUUGGUAUGCACCAGUCUUGAGGAGUUGCGAGAGCUGAUCAGCAAGACGGAAGACGAACUUGAUGACUUAGAGAGCGCCAAAAAGAGACUUGGUCGGUGGUAUUAUAGAAGAGAAGCAGUGAAAGACCUCCACAGCACUCUAAUUAGACUGUUGAAUGAGCUGUCGCCCUGGGAACCCAAACUUGUUAAGGCCUAUCAAAGGAACAGGCUUCGUUUGAAGAAGGAAUUUGAUGAUUUCAAAGAGCACCCAGAGUACAACAACUUUGUGCGUGAAGAGUGUAUUUCAUCAUCAUCGUCAUCUGAUGAAGAUGAGGAUGAAGAGAGGGAUCUAGGGAAGGACAUGUUUACAAGCACAGAUCAUUACAGAAGAUCAGAGGAGGAAGACAUGGAACAUUUAGUACCCAGAGGUCUUUGGAGUGGAGCCAGCACCAGGGAGUUUGGAGCUGACUCUGCUGGAGAAACAAUAGCAAACUAUGUAUCUCCUAUCCACUUGAAACACUCUCCGACCACCACAGAAAAAGCCAUUAGUCUCCGACCAAGAGCUCAGAUUGGCAGCAGAAACAUCACUUCUGUGGUUGACUCUGGACCACACUCUAGAUCUGAACUGACCUCGUCAAAUCCGUCCAUGGAUUCAAACUCGGCAUGGGCAGCAGAUUUGCCAGUCCAGACCCCACUGUCACCCAGACUGACCAUCCUCCACCCCACCAUUGGAUUACCUAAGGGUUACACACCCAUCCCCACCCUGCUGGCAAAGAGUGUGGGAAACAAAGUGACCUUAAUGAAAAGGCCUGCUGAUUGUGCAGGGUACAACAAUUUAGAUGGACAGAGUAAAGGGUCUUUGGUCUCCCCGCCUACCUCUGCGAUGGUUAGCACAAAACAUUCAACAGCACAAACAUCUUCAUUCAGCUCUCAGAAGAACUCGCAAAUGCAGGCACAAGAACAACAAACACAAUUACAUAGACAGCCAGGAAUGGCCACAGUGACAGCAGCUCCUCUUAAAUCACCACAGGCAAAACUAAAACAGACUGUACCUAAAAGUCCAGUGCAAGUGGUGUGCAAUGUACCUCAGGGGCUGGGUCAGCACACGGGUAAGGACAGCAGCAGCCCAGUCAAGCUUUCAGUUCUCCCAGUCAUGAACCAUAACACCUGCGAGAAAGUCAUGCAGCAAGUGGUGAUCCUCACUUCUAAUAUUCUUAGUCACAAAACUGAAGAAAAGGAGUCUUCUUUUCAGCAGCAACAAUCAGAAGACAUUCAUGUCCCAGUUUCUAAAGUGGCCAGCCCCUUAUGUAUGUCUACCAAUGUGCCUGGGUUCACCAUUCCUGAAAACAGAAUCCCUGUUCAGCAAGUGGCUCCCUUAAAAGAUGCCAGGACAGUGAACACCCCUUCCCCAUCUGUUUCCACUUAUGAGCAACAGGGAACCCUAAAUACAGCAGGUUUCAAAGGGGCACAAAUCUGCAGUGUCCAAACCAGCACACCACAAGGUGUCGUGCCAAUCCUUUCAUUAGUCACGUCGCCUUCCAGUGCAGUUUCUACUGAGUCUGUUAAAAUGACAGACCCUAAGCAAGAGCUGCAGACUGUGUGUAUCCGAGACUCACAGUCUAUCCUGGUAACAACGAGAGGAGGCAAUACAGGCAUUGUCAAAGUUCAGACGUCUUCAGACCAUGGUGUGAUUGGCUCUUUGCCCACCAGUCCAGUCAUCACCAUCUCACCUCAGUUUAAAGCCUUCCUCCUAUCUAAGACAUCGGCACCUUUUUCUCCUUCUGCUGCCUCUCAGACAACCCCUUGCACGUUCCCAGUAGCAACAAGUCUUUCUGUAGCUCAACCUCAGAUGCAGGUUCCUUCAGUAUCAAAGUCCCUUCCUACUCUUACAACCCCUUUGCACAAUGCAGUUACCAGUAGCAUCCCUAUUACAGGCCCAGGAAGCCAGGCAGCAGGCAAUACUUUUGUUUUAAGUCAAGGCUCCAACACCUCCACUUGUUCUACAGUUACAAAGAACAUUGGCCAGCUAGUGCAGGCUACUGCUGCCUGUUCUCCUUAUCAAGCUUCUGUAGUAAAAAAUGCAGUCAUUCCAUCACCAAAAAUCACUGGAGUUCUCACACAAACAAAGGUGACGAAGACUGGUGUGAAACGAGUCAGUACAGAUGAGGGAUCCCAAGUUACUAAAGUCAUCCUGGCCACUCCCUCUUCAUCUUCCACAUCAAGUGUAGCCAUGUCAAAAGGCACAGCCUCUUCCCAAAAAUCACUUCCUAGUUCAAGAGUUGUGUUCAUCAGCCAGCCUACAGCCACAUCUUCCUCCACCUUUUUGGGAAACAUUCCAAAGCAGGCAAUAGCAGCCGGGACUAGUGGACAACUGCUGACCACUUCAUUAUCGGAUCAGACUUUAAGGAUGGGAAUAAACCCAGACCAAUCCAUUGAUAGUGGCAAAUCAGAGGCAUUGGCCAAGGUCAGGAACAUCAGCCUGCCCUCAGGGGUUCUAAUCCACUUGUCAGGGAAGACGACAACCAUUGGGCAGAAGAUUGGUGCCCUGUCAUGUUCUCCUUCAAAGAACACACUUGUAUCUCUCCCAGAUGCAGACAGUUCAGCAGCCACCAGAGCAGGACUGGUCCAGGUCUCAAAUUCAAAUACCAUCACAACCUGCUCUGCCCAGCUUGCCUCUCACACCUCUCUGACCACCAGGUCAUCCCAGUGUACCCCAUCCUUCACCAUGAUUUCCCAAACGGUUGCGCCCACAACACCUACUGCCAUCAAUCUGCCAACAGGAAACCUAAUCAAAACACACCUUGGUAUUUGUGGAAGUGAAUCAUUCAGCAGCUCACCUGCUCAGGUGACUACUACUGUACAGAGUAACCUUGCCCAAAGUUCCACACUCACUCAUGUCGGUCAGAAGUCAAAUAAUCAAAGUGGUAUUGUCUCAUCUUCCUCUCAAUUUGCUCUCAAUACAUCCAUCUCCUUGGGAACAACUACCAGUGCCCCAUUCACCACUUCUGCCACUGGCACAGUCCAGAAUAGGAUGGUCAUCAACACCUCUACACCCCUUGCUGCUGGCACACAGAUUAUACUUAACAAUACAUGCUUUGUAGUCCCUCCCCAAGGUUUAGGCCCAGGCAGCCAUGUCCUUAUCAUCUCUAGCCCUGCACCACAACAAGUGCCUACUGCAAAUGCUACCAGGACUGGAGCAUCAGUGCCUCUCCAAGGUGCAAGCCAUGCUGUUGUAGCUCCUCAAGCACCAGUAUUAUCCCAGUCUCCUGCCAAGCUGUCUGGUGUACCAGCUGCAAGUUCUCCUGUUGUUGCUUGCACACCUUCCGUUGGCUCAUCAUUUUUAGCAACUACUCCCAGUAUGACACCAGUUCAACCACCAGGAACACCUGGCCAUGGUUCAACAUUGUUACCCAGAAAAACACUUUUGACUACUCUGCCUAGAUUUGUGACUGCACAGGCUCAUCACUUUGCAUCACCGUCUGGUGGUUCUCCCAAGUUAGGUUGUGUACCAGCCCUACUUUCCCCUGUGGUAACCAGUGUCCCUGCUUUUGGCUCAGGCCAGGUUCCAAUUAGGUUAGCUGCAACUACAUUCAGGCAAGCUGAUGGUCCAUCCACCAUUUUGCCUGCAGGAACAAACACCUUGCCUAGAGUUCCAGCACCUCUACCAUCCCUGCCAGUCUUACCCAGCCCAGCAAUUGUAUCUUUGUCCAGUCCUGUCAUGCCAAUUCCACCACCGCUCUGCUCAGCUGCAGCUCCCCUAGUGGCAGGCACCCCUUUGCACCGCUCCAUCAACCAGCAUAUUGUUUCACUGUCAGCCCCAGGCCAAGGCAUAAAGCCUCAGCAGACCGCAGCUCCCUCUGUAGCACUAUCACAAGUGUUACUGCAUACGGGGCAAGGCAACACAUUGGUCCGAAAACAUGUGCCUUCAGUCAUGCAGCCAGUGAUUCCUGGCACAAGAACACAAGUAUUACCCACAGUGGCUGUCCCUCCAAUUGUUGGUGUGGUAUCUAGGAUUCAGACGCUGCCUGUUGCUACAGUACCACCAAUUGGUAGCACUGUUAAUACCUUUGAAACUGCACUAGUGGGGACCACCCCUCAAUCCGGCAGUGCUGUAAUAAUAACUCCAGCUCAACCAAUCUCAUCACUGAAGACAAACAACAUCCACCCACCUCUUGUUCUGACUAGUCAAACACUUGAAAAGCACACUUUGCAGACGCCAUCCUUUGGUAUUCAUACCAAUGUAGCAUCCAAGCUACUAAUCAGUCCUGAUGGUGCUGUUUUGAGCACAACUCAGUGCCAUGUCAAUCCAUCAGAGCUGACUGGCUGCUCCAAACCACUGGUUUCCUCCAACAGUUCCCGCGGAGCACUGCACACUCAUGAUUCCUCUUUGCAGCCUUCUCAGGCAAACACAAAGUGAGUGGUAUCAAGUGGUAUUGCUAGUAGUAAUCCUGCCAUUUGUUCAAGAAUGUGUCUCAUGACUUUCUUUUAGAAUAUCGUAGGUUUCUCUCUCUGGUUUGAUCAUCCUCUGGCUAAACUGUACACAGUUGAUCAUACAGGAAAUGUAUACUGUGAUGGUUUUCUGAAGUGAAAACUGUGGAUGUUGCCCUCAGAUGAAUGUUGUAGACUACUUUUCUGUUUUGUUUUUUUCACCUCAUGGCCAGUAAUGAAAACUGUUGUAACAAAGAGUAGAAAAUGUUUGAUUUAAAAAAAAAUUAUAAUAAUAAUAAUUUCAACUCCAGUGUUUGUAAUACCUUUCAGUGCAAUUCAAUACUGCUUGAAAAAAAGUUGUAAUUUAGAUACUUUAUUGUUUAAAUUUGUUUUAAAUUAUCUAUCUGUUUGAAUGACACAAUUCAGUAUCCAGACUUUGUCAUGUCCUUUUUUUCCAACUAGUAACCGAGAUCUACAUUUUACUUUUUAGAAAUAUAAAUAAGCAAAAUAGAUCAAUUUGUACUACAUGUUUGCGACUAUAUAAAGUCAUAUUUAUUUAUUUUUGCCAUGUAGUUGGUUUUUUUUUCAAAAACUUUUACUAGAUACACUUUCAUUGAACAAAUGUGGACAUUACUGCAUGGAAAUAAACAAAGCGACUGUCCCUAA